UAAAAUAUCUACGCUGGGACUACUACUGGUAGUACGAAUAGACAAGAUCCAGCAAGACGUCGGCACCGAAACGGUACCUCUAUCGGUGAGUUGUUCGAAGUGGACUUGUCAGCUCACGUUCAGUCUCGCGAACGAUUGUGGGGCCGCCCAAGAAGCGUGCUACUUUAGGGGCAUCGUCUUGACCCUUGCUGUUUUUCCGAGAGAAUCUAUUAUUAGCAGUUGCCAGCGUCCGAAUUGCUUUCUUUUUCUCCAGAGCAUACAACUUUGGCCGGCAACCGGACCUCACUUUAACAUCCAGAAACACAAACGCGUCAACAGCAGCGCACAUUCUUGUAAAGAGCAGAGCUACCUUGCAAGAGUCGCCCACAAUCCGGCAACUCUACAACUACCGACUUGACUUGUGUCAUAUAAUUUAUUCCCGGAGGCAAGCAAGCAGACAAUAGACUAAUAACCAUGGCAACUGCAGCAUCAGUAUCGCCACUGCACAGCUUCUUUGCUAGUAACUUCCCACUGUUGAGGCAACAAAAAGUGGAGAUUGUGAGCGACAAUCCAGGAGGUUUGUCCAGAACUGAAGCCCUGAGCGAACGACGGAGGCUCUAUGAUGCCCACCAGCAACGGUUGGGCGACCUGUUCGUAACACCGCCAGCCUCUUCGCCUGUCAUCUCUAGAUGGGAAAGCGAAGUACCAGAUCUCAUGACCAUCCCAGGAUCGCCACCGCAAGCAGAAAGCCGACCAACUUGUAGUAGUGCAAUGAUUCCCCAGCCCAUUGGCCCCAAGAUCCCACGACGCCGAAGCAGUUUGGAAGAAUUCGAUGAAGACGGUUACUGCUGUAUCAAUGAUGAUGCGACUGCAUCGACUGCAGCAUCGACCACUAUUCACUCUCGCGAGAGCAAUGCAAGCAUCAGCAGCCGAGACUCGGAGCCAAGUGAUGAUCGGCCAUCGGACCGCGGUUUGGUGCCACCCAGGAGACGAUCCUCUUGUUUUGGAGGAUGGCACGGGGAAGAAGUUGAAGCCAACGAGCCUCUCUUGGCGUGCCAAGAUGACAGCCAGAUCCCGUCCACCAGAUUGCACAGUCGACGAUUCUCCCGAGAACAACGAUGCAGCAGCGACAGGCAUCUCAUGCUAGAAAAGAAGAGUCUGCAUGAAGUCAAGAGCACAAAGAAGACCGACAGGAAGGAGAAGUCAUCGACGCGUUCGUCUCGGCGAGGAACCAAGCAGGCUCCGAGGAGACCACGACGUAUGAAGAGUAUGGAGAUUCAAGAUGACAGUCUGACCAGCGUCACUCUGGAGUCGUCUUGUUCCUCUGUUGGCUAUGACGAUGACUGCAGUUUGCGAUUGGUCAUGUCCGAUUCGAUUCACACAGUCCUGCAGCAUGUCAAGCCAGAGUCCCCACCCACCUCGCCAGCCAGUGGAGGACAGAUGAAGUUGUUGACCGCCUCGGAGCAGCUCCUUCUCAAUGAUCACUGCCUAAAAGGUGUCGUGGGAGCGCUGAGGCGCAAUUCACAGCAGCAAAGUCCCGAACAAGGAUCCAAACCAGUCUUGACCAUCACAUACUAGACCGCUAGCUAGUGAAUGAUGGAGUAGAACGAAUAAAGCUAAGUAGUUCUAUAACAUUGGUUGGACCAUCC